UCCCCUCAUCUCCUCUCCUCCCUCCCCUCCACUUUCUCUCACUUGUACCUCCCCCUGUCCCCACACCGCUGUCUACAAAUUCACCCAGUCUGCUCUAGGAUCAGUUUCUCCUCCUCAGAUCCUAAUCUCAACCAUUACAGGAAAGAACACAACGUUGACCUUUCAACUUCAAAUCCCUUUUUGACUUUCUGAUUUAUUUGAUCAGUUAAUUAUUUUCAAUGUGUCUUCUUGUAUGUGCUACUGCAAUUCAGAUUUUAGCUACCAUAGUACACAUGAAAUAACUAAAGUACGAAAAUAUACACACCCUACAUCCACUAUGGAGCCUCUGGACAGGACAGGCUGGAUACCGUUCUCUGGUGACCCCAACACCUCCACUCCCAACCUGGGAUAUCCCUACCCCUAUCCUGGUCCUGGUCCUGCAACCCCAUCCUUCCCCUCCCCCUCCCCCUCCUCCUUCCCCAACUCCUCUUCCAACAUGUCCAGUCAGAGUGUCCCGUUCCAGGGGAGCAGUACCCUAAUGACUGCGGUCAUCUCCCUGACCGUGUUCGUGGUCGGCCUGAUCGGUAACACCCUGGCGAUCUAUGUGGUUCUGCGCUACGCCAAGAUGAAGACCGUCACCAACAUCUAUAUCCUGAACCUGGCAGUCGCAGACGAACUGUACAUCUUGGGACUUCCCUUCCUCACCACCCAGAACGUUCUCUCCUACUGGCCGUUCGGCUCCUUCCUGUGUCGCGUGCUGAUGACCGCUGACUCCAUGAGCCAGUUCACCUCCAUCUUCUGUCUGACCGUGAUGUCUAUUGACCGCUACCUGGCCGUGGUCCACCCCAUACGGUCUACAAAAUGGCGGCGGCCGCGAGUGGCGAAGUUGGUGAGCGCCGCGGUGUGGGCGUUGUCAUUCGUGGUUGUCCUGCCCGUGGUCUUGUUCUCUGACGUUCAGGACACGUUCAACUCGUGUAACAUGAGCUGGCCGGAGCCGCAGGAUGUGUGGUCGACCGUGUUCAUACUGUACACGGCUACGCUAGGGUUCUUCGGACCGCUCCUGGUCAUCUGUCUCUGCUACCUGCUCAUCGUGGUCAAGGUGAAGUCUUCAGGUGUGCGGGCAGGCUUCACCAAGCGCCGGCGGUCAGAGCGUAAGGUGACCCGUAUGGUGGUGAUCAUCGUGGUGGUCUUCGUUCUCUGCUGGCUCCCCUUCUUCAUCAUCAACAUCAUCAACCUCAUCAUCAUCAUCCCAGAGUCCUCCGUGACCGCUGGCGUCUACUUCUUCUCUGCUGGGAGUGACUUACAGAAGAGCUACAAUGGGGCAUGGGAAAACAGUAGCUAUUUAACUGCUACACUGGGGCUGGGGAAAACAGUAGCUAUUUAACCGCUACAUGGGCUGUGGAAAACAGUAGCUAUUUAACUGCUACACUGGGGCUGGAGAAAACAGUAGCUAUUUAACUUCUACACUGGGGCUGGAGAAAACAGUAGCUAUUUAACUUCUACACUGGGGCUGGAGAAAACAGUAGCUAUUUAACUGCUACACUGGGGCUGGAGAAAACAGUAGCUAUUUAACUUCUACACUGGGGCUGGGGAAAACAGUAGCUAUUUAACUGCUACAUGGGCUGGGGAAAACAGUAGCUAUUUAACUGCAACAUGGGCUGGGGAAAACAGUAGCUAUUUAACUGCUACAUGGGCUGGGGAAAACAGUAGCUAUUUAACUGCUACAUGGGCUGGAGAAAACAGUAGCUAUUUAACUGCUACAUGGGCUGGGGAAAACAGUAGCUAUUUAACUGCUACAUGGGCUGGAGAAAACAGUAGCUAUUUAACUGCUACAUGGGCUGGGGAAAACAGUAGCUAUUUAACUGCUACAUGGGCUGGAGAAAACAGUAGCUAUUUAACUGCUACAUGGGCUGGAGAAAACAGUAGCUAUUUAACUGCUACACUGAGGCUGGAGAAAACAGUAGCUAUUUAACUGCUACACUGGAUGCAUAACUUUUUGCCAGCACAAGCAGAGCGCAAGCUACUUUAUCAAGUGUUCUCAGGCGUGAGUCGCACGUCAAAUUCUUGAAAACAUUAAACCAGAGCUUAAUUUCAUGCUGAGCAUCGGAUCAGGUGUGCUUACGCCCAGGUUUCAUCACGCUUCACAUGAUAUCACUCACUAUGCAUACUGAUCCCUACUGACAGGACUGGGGAGACACGGAGAGAGAGCGAGAGAGAGA